AUGUUUCAGAAAAAAAAUUUGGCCAGUUUUGGGGUCCAAGACUAUACUCCAACCAUUGUGACAGAUGAAUGGGUUAAUGGGACAACACUACAAAUUCCUACCAACAUCACCAAUGUUCCAUCAGUUACUGGAGUGUAUGAUCAGACCAUUCAUCUACCACAGCAAUCAGUCCAUGGAGUCAGUAGUAACUGUUACUACAAUGGUGUACACUCACCUGUGGUAACACCCACACCUAAUGUGACAACACCUGGACCAUCAGCUGAGUAUCCCCAGAGGUCUUCUGCUAAGCUUAAAUCAUGGAGUCUUCAACCACAGAGUGUACCUGCAUUUGUGGCACCAGUUGAAGCACAAACAAAAUCUAAACCCAAAAAGUCAAAGGAAAAGAUUCCUAAAACUGUUUCUCAGGGACAGUAUGUUAGUGCAGACAAAAAUUUGACUUCCAAAAGCUCAAUGGCCAAAGGGAGUAGAAAACUGGAGAAAAACAAUGCAAAACCCAUGCAGCAAUCAGUUGGAAAGCCAGUGGAUGUAACUUUGCACCAGACUGAGAAUUCUGUACAAACUUCUUUAGCUCAGAAAGGUGGCAAGAAGGGAGUCAAGCGCAUUGUUGUUCCACCAAAGGCUCAGACAGAUUCAGUGGAAUAUCCUCCAUAUGUGGCCAGAAUUAUGAGGAUCCUGAACAGGCAAAAACAGGGUCAGGUGGAAUCUGCCGAUGAUAAAAAGGAAACAGAAUCUGAUGUUUUCACAUCCAAACAAAUGACUUCUGUUGGUAAAAAAGAUACGGGCAGAUCUGAUUCUACUCCUAAACAGGCUACUACUGCUACUGUCCAAAAAGCAACCAACACUGUGGACUCGAGCCCUAAAAAAGCAACCGACACUAUGGACUCAAGCCCUAAACGGGGUGUUGUAGCUAGAACUCCAGUGUCAUCAAAGCAGUCUGUACUAGAAAUGAAGUUUCAGCAAAAGUCCUUGUCUAGUAGUGCUGAACGGAAGGUUAUUGAGAAAUGUAGCCAGUUGAAAUAUGGGUCCAAACAAGAGCCAAUGUCUAUCAAAAAGACUCUCCCAGAGGACUACAAACCAGUGGUUAACACAGCCCUGUUACUAGAUGACUGGUCACCUGACAGUUUUACUCUGUUGGAAGCUGACAGUUUUUAUGGACCAGAGAUUCUUGUCACUUCUGGUUCUCACUGCUUUGUGGCCUCUGUACCUUUCUUCUGAUUGGAUGACACAGACUUUUGAAUAUUAUUGGAGGUUGCUGAUAUUCAGUGAUGAGAUGGGACUUUAUCUUAGUGAAUUCUAACCACAGUCUUUCAUUACAGUUUCUUUGAUAUAUUUUUUAGAAAGGACUUUUGACUUUUAGCUGAUGUGGCUUUACGAAUUGAUCUCAUGAUUUUGGAUCCAAACUUUUCGAU